AUGGGUAUUCUCGGUUCCUGGGGCAGAGCGGCGCGGGGCGGCCCCGCCGAACUCGACUCUCUGGGAGUGGGCCUCGGAUUGCUCGCCGAGGAGUCGUCCGACCGUGCUCUUGCCGCGUGUUCAUUCGUAAGUAUCCGAGCGCUGGUGAUCGUGAGUGCGAUCGUCGGGUUCUUCAAGGAGGAGAUCGCCAGUCGCCGAGGGUGGUACGCCCUCACCCCCGACCUGGACGUGUACUCUCACAGCCUGUCGGAGACCCGGCUCUUCGGCUUCGUGGCGUUGCCGAGCAGCGGGACGCUGUUCUCGGAGUCGGAGUUUGGGAACCGGUGGAGGGCAGCGAGUGCGGCUUGCAGCGACGACUGGGAGCCGACCGAGCUCGAGGUCUGCGCGGCGCCGGAGGCGAUGAGGCCACGGUGCUUGUCGGUGCCCGAUGUCGAGAAGCCGUCCAGGCGUACGGAGGGGAAGACGUCCUUCAUGUCGUCUCCAGCUGCAGCGGCGGCAACUAGCGUGGUAGUGGUGCUCUACCCGAGGUGGCUUGUGGGCCUGGGUGCCUUGCCCGACGCAGGUGGACUCUGCUGGUUCACUCUGUCGGCCGAGGAUGCUACCCAGCUGCGCCAGGCCGUGAGGCACAAAGACUUCGACGGUUACCUGAUCGUGGAUAAGGAUUACACCGCGGCCAAGGGGAGGGAAUGCCUGCUUGCCAAGGCCGUGGACCCUGCCGCCCCAGGCACAGAGCUCGAGACGGGCGCGCGGAUGCCGGACAUUCAGACGCGCUCGGACGGCAGUCGGCACCGGCACUCCAUGGAGGCCGCGCGGCAGGUCGCCGCCACGGAGCGGACCGAGUGGCCCAUCACGAGCCCGAGGACUGCCUCCCGGCGCCUGGAGUUUCUGGCGCGCCUUGUCCAGCACCCGCGCGCCCGCCUCACGAAGUGGGUGGACGAGUGCCGGCUGGAGGCGACGGACGAGAGCGUCGGGGAUCACGACCUCGCGAUGCGCUUGGCGGAGCUGGGCCCCAGUUUCGACGAGCUGAACCUCGGGAAGCUGGCCCCGUUCCAGCCGCUGAUGAGGAAGGCCCAGAUGGCCGAGUGGCGCCACCGCGACCGGCUCGCGGCCGCCCCGAGGGAUGACCUGGUGGAGGAGCGGCGCAUGGCCAAGGAGGAGAGGCCGCUCUCACGUAGUGGAGGCGGCGGAGGCGUUGCAGGCUCGGAAGGAUCCAAGGCGGAGUUGCGCAGGAAGAUUCGGCAACCGGCCGCCGAGCAGAAGAAGUUCCAGGACGAAG